AAGUAAAUUGAAAGUUAAUUAAUGAAUCAUCAUUAAACGUAAACGCCAGUGUUUUUCAAUCUAUUUUGUAUAGCAGAUCUGUAGCAUUUAGCCUAUGUGUUUACCACAGACAAAAAUAAUUGUACACAUAACUCUAAAAAAACAACAACAACAGAAAACCUGUUUACUCCGAACUCACGUACAAGAAAAGUCAAAAGGGCAGUUGCUAUAUUCUGUGAAUAAGCAUUUAAAAUAUCUUACACAAAUUCAAAACUAUAAUUGUUGCAGUUCAGUUGUUUUUAAAGAAACUUUUUCAAAGCUGUCUUUAAUAGAGGGUAUGCACUGACGUCACUUUCCCGCCGGAACACGCCCCCAAUCACAGAGAAUCCCCUCAUUAUUCAUCAGUGAAAACAGGCAGCGUUUAAAAAGAAAUAUGUAGCAAAUUAUUCAUCCUUGUACACCAUGAAUACCACAUGCCACAACAAUUUACACUGCUCGACUUAGUAAAAAAGGAGUGAAUGUUUUUUUGGCACUCUGUAAAAAGAUAGCUCAGAAUUCUUUUUAAAUCUCUUAGCACAGUCGAUCUCACAACAGCUUUUUCGCAUUUAAAUGUGUGUUUUCUGUGUUUGCGCGGAAUUCACGCUGCCACUGCGCCUUGUUGCCCCUCAGGGCAUGACUGCGGCGAUUUCCGUCUAUUGUAAUGUCACGUGCACAUACUCUGUACUUUGAAAGGCUGCAGUAUAUGUACGACUGUGAGCAUAUGCAAGCGCACGCGUAAAAAAAACUAAACAAAACAAAAACCCCAAGUAUACCAGAAGUUUCAGGUUCAAGACGACCCACUUUUACUAGUAUAAAUAAUGUGGUGCAUCUUCUGUCUUAUCCACAAACUCGCAUUCUUCCCAUCUGUUAAAGAAGCCAUUUCCUGCUACCUUCUUCUGACUACUUCCUUGUUAAGAGCAAGAUCAUGUCAUACCUGGCAGAUGUUGUUGUAGUUGGUGGGGACGGAGGAGGUGCUUUUGAUAUCAAUGGCACUGAAAAUGGAACCACGUUGAAAAAGAUCUGGGUGUGGGUCGGUGCCUGGCAGGUGAAAGCCAUGACGGUUUGGCUUACUGAUGGCCGGUCCAAACAGUUUGGUGUACCUGAUGGGAAUUAUACAGAGUUCAUAUUUGAAGAUGGAGAGCAUUUCACCUCCCUUUCACUUUGGCCAAGUGGAAAUGGAACACGUCUGGGUGCCAUCAAAUUCAAGACAACUCACUCCCGGGAGUUCUUUGCACGCCUGAGUACAUCAUCAUAUUUUCAACCAGAAGUUCCAGUUGAUGUUGCUUCUGGGAUCUGCAUGGGAAUCAAAGGACGUUCAGGUUUAGAUAUUGAUUGCUUAGGCUUCAUGUUCAUUAACACCAUCAAGUCUGUUAGGCUUACAAAUGUUGAGUAUCCCACACUUCAUGACGUGAUACCCAAAGUGGCUGUCAGGGAAAUCAAGUCCAUGACUUACCACAAUAACAGUACUGUAACUCAAGAAUUUAGAAUUGAAACAUCCAAAAAAGUCACCCAAAAAUCCUCCUGGUCUGUUACCGGCAAACUGGAAUUCACUGUCAGGCUGGAAGUGAAGGCAGGAAUUCCACUAAUUGUGGAGGGCACAACAACAUAUGAAUUAAAAUUAGGAGUUGAGGGUACAUAUGCUUCAGAGACCUCUGAAGAGAAAAUGGAGCUCUUCUCGUUUCCUGUUAAAGUCCCUCCAGGUAAAACCGUGGAUGUGAACAUCACAGUUGGCCAGGCUACAAUUGAUCUCCCCUUCAAUGGUAUAGUCAAGAUUACCUGCUAUAAUGACAGUGUGCUGCAGUUUAAAACCAGUGGAACCUACAAAGGUGUCGCUUACACUGAUGGAGAAGUAGUUGUGAAUGAAUCAGCCAAAAAUCUUCGUGGAUUUGAAACGUUUUAAAAAUUUCAUUAUAAUAAAUCUUGUAUAUUAGAUCAUUUGAAUCGAUGAUGUUUGGGAUGAUGUAAGCUUGAUUUAAAUGAUUUGUUUCAAUUAUAAGCUUUUCAUAAUCAUAAAGUUCAUCUUGUUUGAUUUUUUUCAAAAUCUAUAACACCAAUUAAAACAGUGCCUUGAUCUAUCCUGCUAGUCUUCCAUUGGUGCAGACCUACAUUUUCUGAUUAAUAAACCUUUCUUUGAAAAUCAUUCUGAAUAAUGAGUAUAACAAAUCUAAUUUGAUGUGGUUUUUAGAUUUAGUUUGACUGUAGCUUGCUGUAACAAUUUUAAUUCAUUACCUUUUUACCUAUUAAGAAGCUUAUAAUCUGUGAAGAUUUCCAGCAAUAAAAUCAGUCUCAAAAAUCUCA